AUGGCCGAGCAAGAGCAAGAUAUGGAAAGAGUCAAUGAAGAGCUUACAGAUCUACAUGGGAAUAUAGGUCAAAUCAUGGAGAUGUUGCAAGUAAUACGUGCAAAGAUGGAUACUCAACCCACAAUUGUUUCUGAGAUCGUCAAUCCGGUGAUUAAUCCUCAGCCAAUAGUUACUACUCCAGCAACUUGGCCUCCCUUUGGUCUUCCUUAUGGUUUUGUUCCUCCUCCUCAAGGACAGUCCACUCAACACACAGUUCUAUUAACUACUGAAGUUAAUCAAGUGAUUCUUACUUUUGCACCCACUGCCAUGCACACUCGAGUUCAACCGUACUUCGAUGAUCAUCAACAAGUGUAUGGUAUACCUGAUAUGUUUGAAGAAGGUGAUGAAAGACAUGAAAAUCUGAGAGAAAAUGUUGAAACCAUUGAGAAAAGGCUGAGAGCAAUGGAAGGUGAUCAGAUCUUUGGUGUUGUUGCCAGAGAAAUGUGCCUUGUAUCUGGAUUGGUGAUCCCCGCAAAAUUCAAGACACCCAACUUUAAUCAAUAUGAAGGAGCUACUUGUCCCAAAAGUCAUCUCAUCAUGUAUUAUAGAAAGAUGGAAGCUCACGUGGACAAUGAUAAACUCAUGAUCCACUAUUUCCAAGACAGUUUGAAAGGUGCCUCUUCUAAAUGGUACUUGACCCUUGAUCAGACUCGCAUUCGUUGUUUCCAAGAUUUUUCUGAUGCUUUCAUCAAACAAUACAAGUACAACAUGGAUCUAGCUCCCGAUAGAAGGCAAUUGUUGAGCAUGUCCCAAAAGGAUUCUGAAUCCUUUAAAGAAUAUGCACAAAGGUGGAGAGAGACUGCAUCUCAAGUGGAACCUCCAUUAACUGAAAAAAAAAUUGGCAGAUUGGUUCAUCGACACAGUGCGACCAUAAUUUUUUGA